AUGAAAAGUUGGCAACCCUCGCGUCACGACUUCAACGGGGAAAACAACCGACCUGGAGACGGCAGUCAACGCUUUCUGACACGUGCCCCCGAGCCACUGAAGGUGAUCCACCGAACGCCGGAUGCGUCGGUCGAACGUCCGGUAGCCGAUAUAAGGAGUCCUUGCCUCGUGUCUAGGUCACCAUUUGCUCAGCGUAAAGACUACAACGAUGAAGAACUCUGCCAUCGUGUUCGUCGUAAUGUUACUGUCAGCUGUGCUGCUCGUGGAAGCUCAGCUGUUCCCGGGUGGUGGAGGAUUUGGGCGACCCGGCGGAGGCCGUCGAUGUGGCAGGCAAAUCUGUCGUUUUGGACAACGUUGCGUUUACGAACAAGUAGUGUGCAUCAGAGCUCCCUGCCCCCCGAUUGCCCAAUGUGUGUGACUUGACAUCGGCAACAAGCAAACACCCCUUUCGCGAAUAUCAUACGUACA